UUUAGGGCUCACUGCGGCAGCCGUGAGUGUCAGGAAGUAGCAUCUCGUGUAGAAACAACUCAGGUGUCACAGAAUCAAACCAAAUCGAUGUAUAUUUUUUAAUAUUCUGUGGGCGACGAUCGCAGACAGUCUUCAGGAGGAUGAGAGAUAAGUGAGUACUCAAGAUCUCGGUGUCUAUAUAUAAAAAUGCUAUUUUCAACAUUGCUAGUACAAUACUAGAAAGACGACCUACAGUACAAUUCAGCAGGCAAACCAUACAAAGCUGCCAGCUGUGUGACAUCGCCGUAGCAGGUUGACAACAACAAAAAAAAAUAUUGUUGAACACACGUACUGUAAAAGGUUAUUCUUCUGAAAAAGAAACUACAAUGGAUAAGUCAUGGAGGUUGUGGACCAUUGCUCAAAAGUGGUUGUUAAAUUUGGCAUCGUGGUCCUGGGGGCUGUGCCGCAUCUCACUGCUGGCUCUGAUAUUAACUUUUCAUCUGUAUGGUGGCUUUAUGUUACUUGCACUGAUACUUGCUUCAGUAGCAGGUAUAUUGUACAAAUUCCAAGACGUGCUGCUGUAUUUUCCCGAUCAGCCUUCCUCUUCUCGCUUGUAUGUUCCUGUGCCUACUGGGAUCCCACAUGAAAACAUCUUUGUAAAAACCAGAGAUGGUGUACGUCUUAAUCUCAUUCUGCUUAGAUACACUGGUGACAAUCCAGCAUUUUCACCCACCGUUAUCUACUUCCACGGGAAUGCUGGCAACAUUGGUCACCGGAUACCCAAUGCACUGCUAAUGUUGGUCAACUUGAAGGUGAAUGUAAUACUGGUUGAUUAUAGAGGUUAUGGCAAAAGUGAAGGUGAAGCAAGUGAAGAUGGGCUGUAUUUAGAUUCUGAAGCUGUACUGGAUUAUGUUAUGACCAGACCAGACAUAGAUAAAACUAAAAUCAUUCUGUUUGGGCGCUCAUUAGGAGGAGCAGUAGCUGUCCAUCUGGCAUCAGAAAAUCCCCAUCGGAUCGCUGCCAUAAUGGUAGAAAAUACAUUUCUCAGCAUCCCCCACAUGGCCAGUACUUUGUUUUCUUUCUUUCCAAUGAAAUAUCUUCCACUCUGGUGCUACAAAAACAAAUUCCUGUCCUACAAGAAAAUUGCACAAUGCAGGAUGCCUUCACUUUUCAUCUCCGGACUGUCUGACCAGCUGAUUCCACCAGUCAUGAUGAAGCAGCUGUAUGAACUUUCUCCGUCCCGGACUAAGAGGUUUGCCAUAUUUCCAGAUGGCACUCACAAUGACACCUGGCAGUGCCAAGGAUACUUCACAGCCAUUGAACAAUUCAUUAAAGAACUUCUACAAAACCAUUCUCAUGAAGAAACAACGAUAGCAGUGUCAAAUGUAACAAUUAUAUGAAUCAGGCUUUCUGGUAAUGCAUUGUUUUGUGAAAAGUGGUAACAGAAUGUAACUUUUUAUGUGUAUUUUGUGGGGGUGAGACUAAACUCAAAAUGCCGUUUAUGGAUCUUCAUUUUUCUUCUCUAAAGUGAAUGCAUGAGUGUUCCUUUCUAAUUUGAAAAGAUUUUUCAAUAGGUUUUACAACAUGUACAAGUAUUACUAAAACUUUCAUGAUUUGUUAGAAAUGUGUUUUUAAAUGACAUGAUGUUGGCUCAGAGGCUUGCUAAAAUAUUGCUUGAUCUCUCUGAUAUUAACAUCAUUCUUAUACUAAUAUCAGUAGACAUAGUAAUUCUCUGCACGUCUUCCAGGGAAUAAAACCAUACAAAAAAAAAAAAAAAUGCUUUUGUGUAUCACUUAAAAAAAAUAAAACAAAUUGCUGUAGUAAUAUAGUAAGCCAUUAAAACAAAAUAUUGUGUAUUUCAUGAAUACUUUUGUCUACAGCAUUGCACAGAUUUUCUUUUCUGUUUUCUAAAAAAGUUAUAGUUUUUUUACAGGUGUGAUUUAAGUUACUACGUGGCUCAAAGAAACACAUCUAAUUUGAAUUACUCAUUCCCUCAAUUGAUUAUAAAUUUGACACGUUGAAAGCAAUUAGCAAGACUGUUCUUGCUUUGCUCUACAGUACAUACAAGUUUGCCAACAGGUUGGGUAGUACAUGCAAGUAAUUUAUGUACAUACUAUAAAAUGAGCUGUUUUGAAUGUGAAUUGUAGCCUUACAGAAAUAUUGUACAUUAAAAUGCCGUCACUGCUGUAAUACAGAUCUUGCAGAAUUCAGAAGUGUAAGAGAACACUUCCUUAUUCUGUGUUCAUUCAUCCACAAAAUUAAUUUUGUGAUUUCAUGAAACUUCGCAAUAUAUUCUUUUUUUUUCAUGAUUGCAGACUUUUUUUAUUUUCAAAAUGUGCCACUUAGCCCCUCGUCUGAACUUUGAGUCCAGUAUACUCUCAGUGCUUAAUAAGUAGUCAGUAAACUACAAACAAAAGUUAUGCAAUUUUAAUAUUACGGUUGUAUUUAAAACAAACAAACAAAAAAAACAAAAAACAUUAUUUAUUCCAUUACACUCAGCAUUGAAAUUGCAUACCUGUGUUGGUUUGUAGUGGCAUGUACACUUAUUCUUGUCAGGUAACAAAAAAUAAAUAAAAAAAUAAGAAAACAGCCUGGCAGAAUUUACAAACAAACAUCCAGUACAUCCCUUUAAAUUUACAGUAUUGUGUAUUCUGAAUGUGUGUAGACUAGUUCUUUACUUCUGGGUUUCAGUGUGAUUGAAGUUUAGGGAUUUCCAUUGUGUCGUAUAUUCUAAGAAAAAUAAAUGACUUUCGUAGU